AUGAUUUUUAGCUAUUUUCUGGCUCAUGAAAUAUUAUUAUCAUUUUCAAAUACUAGUGAUCAUAUUGAUAGUAUUUUACUCUCAUAUGCAUUAUAUAAAAUUAAUUUCAAAUACAUUUCUAAGUCUCACUUUGAUCUUGUUUGUCGUCAAAUUCGACCUUCACAAGUUAUCACACUGAUUCUUUCUGAUGCUGAUGAUACACCAGGUCAAUAUGCAUUAUUUUUAUCACAUUUUUCAAUCGAACAAUUCAUUCAACUUCAAUUAUUAAUGUUAAUCGAUAUUGAAUUGGAUUCAUUGGAUUCAAUUUUAUCGAAUUUACAUAGUCUUCGACGACUGCAUUCAUUCACAUACGAUUUCAAGGCAAUAAAAAUGCACUCCCCAAAUCAGAUUGAUAAUUCUUCUAAUUGGAUCGAUAGAUUGAAUAGUUCCUUAUCGAAAGUUGUUAUUCGCAUAAUGCCUCAAAUGAAACGAUUAAGUCUUUCCAAUUUCAAAAUUUUGCCAACAAUGUCUCUUCCAUGUCUGCGUCAUUUGAAAAUGGGAAAAGUGACAAGAUCAGGCAUCACAUAG